AACACCCCUCCCAAAUCCCAAUCGCACACACAGAUUUGGGUGAAGCUAUCGGCUUCAAAGCAAAGAAGGGCACGAGAUGGAGCUGAUCUCAGAUGGAGUUGGGCAUCAACCCUCGCGGGUUGUGCUUUGCCUUCUUCACCUUUUCUGCGCUUUUUCGGCCUUUAUAAGCAAGGGAAGGUGGCUACUUCCUCACUCACUUCCUCUGCUCCACUGUUUUACCCUUUCAAGUCUAAUUGUUUGAGCUUGAACUUUAAUUUGAUUAUUGGCUUCACAAUUGGACAUUUUUGGUCUAGUCAUUUGGUUUUUUUAAGGCACAUUAGAUGGAGGGUGUCAUUUCACUCUGAAAUUUUUUAAGUUCUAUUUUUAAGAAAUUUUACUAUGGAAGAUUCAAUCUUGCUAAAAAACAGUGAGUUCUUUUUUUUUUUAAUCCAGAGAAAAGAAAUUCACACACACCCAAUAGUGAUCAAUAGUGAGCUUGUCUAAACUUAUGUCAUUGCUUAAAAAUGGUGAUAGUUUUUGAUUUUUAGUGGCUACCAGUUAGUAGAAGAUUUUAUACAGGUCCAUAUGAAAAUUUUAAGUUUUUUUCCCCACCCUGUUAUUGGAUGAAAUUGUAGUUUCUAAGUAAACAAAACCAAACAAAUCCACUCUAUCUCACUCUAAGAAGUAAAAAGACUAAACUAAAAUAAGUUAAAACCACACACACACCAUUUUCAUAAGUAUGGUUUUCAAACGCUUCCUACCAUUUUGGCAUUUUCCAUAUAAAUUUAACAACAAGAAAUCUAAAUAUUGUUUUUAUAUUUAUGAAGUUCAUUUCAGGGCUUCUUCACACUUUAAUGCUUCUUAACCCUUGAAUUGCCUGCUCUACUUCUUAUCAAUCUUUUGCUUUCCUCUGUUUUCUUAGGCCUUGUUGUCCCUUAUAAGUAAGGGAAGGUGGCUACUUCCUAACUCACUUCUUCUGCUCCUUUGUUUUACGCUUUCAAAGUUCAUUUCUUCUUCUUCUUCUUCUUCUAAUUCAACCAAAGCUCAAGUUUGUGAUUGAAGGCCCAAAGAAAAGUUUUUUUACUCUAAUACGUCCCUCAUGCCCUAGAGGAAUCUGUUUUUUACCCAAGCCUUACACUUGAACAUUAUUUUUUAAAGUCUAAGUGACAAUGAAAUUUGAAUCCUUGACCUUUGGGUCAAGAAGGUUGUGAUGCCAUGUUAAGAAACUAACUCAACCAAAAGUUCAAUAUUGUAUUUAGAGAGGCUCAAGAAAGGAUUUUAUACUUAGUCUUAGAUCUAACACGAAGUAUUGAGCAUAUGGCUUGAUAUGGUUUUGGGUAAAGAAGUAUGCUAUUGAUUUUGUGCUACAUAAUAGUGCAUUUGCAUUGUAUUUAACAUCCAAAUUUAGAAAAGAAAAGAUAAUACAUUCGGUAUGUUUCCCACGAUCACCACGUAUCGCUAACACUUGACACUUGAGAUUAACGUUGUGGAAACGUGUCUGUUUAAUAUUUUGCAUGUAUGGGGUUGAAUUAUUCAUUAGUGUUGCUCACACAUUCUAUAAAUACCAGUGUUUUUCUUCAAACGGAUAUCAAAGUAUUUCGGGAAGGAUAAUAAAAAAGGAAACUCAUUGAAGACUUAGUUUGAAGAAGAAGAUCAUCAAUUCUUACUAUGUUGAUUGAUCACCAUUUGCGUGUUUUUUUUUUAAUUUCUUCCCAAUUGCAGAAAGUAUGCUAGGCAUUGUUCUUGACUGAACUUUGGUGUGCAUCUGUGGAUUGUACAUUUGUUGGCUUUUAAGUUAUGAUUAUAUUUUUUUAAGCUAUUGUUCGUGCACAUAUUCUUAAAUUAUAUUGCAGGACAACAAUAUCUGUUUUCAAGCACUUCUUAUAUCUCUAGUCUUCAUAAAAAUGAACAACCAACAGCAAGCUGGAAACGAAUACGAACCAAUUGUCCCGGGAUUCGAGACCCCGCCAUCACCCGACUCUAGCUACAACAAUGUGUUCUUCAUCACUGAAGAAGAGGAAAAGCGGGGCCCACCGCGGCUCCCCCCACAUCUAAACAAGUUCGUGCUGAACGAAAUAAGCACGAAAGAGGGAGAGGCCUCAUCCUCAUCACCACCCAACCCUGUGGUGUUAAACCACAUGUACACCGAUGCUUAUACCAGGGGCAGAAAAUUUCCCCUGGAAGCCGUGGCGGUGUCAACCACGCAGCGCCUUGGCUCCCAAUAUGUCACAGCUGUGCUUUACAAACCAGCGCCGCGGAGGUGAAGUGUGGCUGAUUAGUGGCGGCUGUGCUUUUUUUUAUUUUUAAAUUUGGAAUAGUUAGGGUCACAUUU